AUGGCCAACAGGACAAUUGAUUCUUUUUUCAAGAAAAGACGCCUAGAACCAAAUGGAAGUGGUGAAAUUCCUUGUCCUCUUCGUGAUUCUUCUCCUAAGCAUCAAACAAAGAAAUUUUGUAGAGCUGAAUCAUUAGAGUUUGAUAUUUCAUCCAUAGAACGUGAUCCUGGAAAGAGAAAAUCCAUUUGGAAAUAUCUAGAGCAUCAAAGGGAUGAGGUACGGAGAGCAUAUAUUAAGUUUGGGCCAUACCAACCUGAGCUUCCGAUUGAAUCAAUGGUUGUUGACAAGAAGGGCCGACGUUUCCUUUUCUCUUGGUAUAAAUUGUUUCCAGAUUGGUUGGAAUUUUCUCCAACAAAGAAUGCUGCCUUUUGUCUUCCUUGCUCACUUUUUUCCAAGCCAACGGACCGUUUUGGAUCAAUGGCCUUCACAACUAGUGGAUUUAGAUCUUGGAAGAAGGUAAAUGAUGGAAAAAAUUGUGCUUUUUUAAAUCACAUUGGAAAAGAUCCUAACUCAUCACACAAAGUGGCAAUGCAAUGCUAUCAUGAUUUGGGAAACUCAUUGCAACAUCUUGACAAAAUUAUUGAGAAGCAAAAUUCUGAGCAGGUUGCAAAAAAUCGGUUGCAACUUCAAGUUUCCAUAGAUGUUGCAAAAUGGUGUGCAUUUCAAGCGGUGGCUUUUAGGGGUCAUGAUGAAAGUUUAGAUUCUAACAAUCGAGGUAAUUUUAUUGAGUUGAUCAAGCAUGUGUCUUCUUAUAAUGAAAAAGUGGCUGCUGUGGAGAUAUUGUCCAUUUGGUCGAUCAAGAUACAAAAGCAUAUUCGAGAGGAGAUUAGUGAUUCAAAAUUUUCUAUACUUGUUGAUGAGGCUCAAGAUAGAUCAAAAAGAGAGCAAAUAGCUAUUGUUCUUAGAUUUGUGGACAAGCAAGGCUAUAUUCGAGAGAGAUUUUUUGACAUUGUUCAUGUGCACGAAACCAAUUCCUUGACUUUGAAGAAGGAGAUAUGUGAUGUCAUUUCUUGCCAUAAUCUUAGUGUGCAAAACAUUCGUGGCCAAGGAUAUGAUGGAGCUAGUAACAUGCGUGGAGAAUGGAAUGGACUGCAAACAUUAUUUAUUCAGGAGUGCCCCUAUGCAUAUUAUAUUCACUGUUUUGCUCAUCGACUGCAAUUAACAUUGGUAGCAACAUCUCAAGAGGUAAUUCCUGUGGAACAAUUCUUUACAAACUUAUCUCUUCUUAUAAAUUUAGUUUCAUCUUCUUGCAAACGGGUGGACCAACUUAGAGUUGCUAGAGCUGCUAGAAUUGCUGAAUUGAUUGCUAUUGAUGAACUUGAGACUGGUAGGGGUCAGAAUUAG